AUGCUCGUUCUCCCCGCCUCUGUCGCCCUGCUGGCAGCCACAGUCGUACGAGCAGCGUCAUCUGAACCAUGGACGCCGCCCGAGAACCUGCACUACGAGGCGGAGCACUCGUGGCGAGGACUCACCGCGGACGGCAAGGUUGGCACAGGGUUCGACGUCUCGGGGCACGCCUCCGUCCUGCCGGGCGUCCACGACUUUCUUCGCCUCGUCCCCUCUGUCCCGCUCGCACACGGCGCAGUGUUCUCCCGCAAACCGCUCACAUCGAAAGAGUGGAUCGUCGAGGUUGCGUUCCGGGUUCAUGGCCCGCCGACGACUGGACUGACGGAGACGGGAGAGGACGGCAAGGUCAAGCGGUUGCACAAGGGUGGACGAGGACUCGCGUUCUGGUACACCAAGUCCGGCCUGCCUGGACCCGCCGUCAUCUCGUCCGAUCCCAAAACGAAGGUCGCUCCGCCGCCUCCCGUCGUUCCCGAAACCCCGCGUGAUCCGCACGACCACGAGCUCUCCCUCUUCGGCUCGCGCGUCUCGUUCGACGGCCUCGGAAUCGUCUUUGACGCCUCGCCCAACGCGCCCGUCUGGCGACGAUCCGACCAGCGCAACUACGUCCAUGCGGGAGGGGACGAGCCGAGCUGGGGAGUCGGAACGACGGGAGUCGUGAGCGGGAUCAUUGACGACGGCACGCAGAAGUGGCUUGAUGCGGACGGCAAGGCGCCGCAGGGCGAAGAGGAGGCUGCGUACCUUGGAAAGGCGGUGGGAGAGUGCGAGGCGGCGUUCAGGAACGCGCAGGGGCUGCUGUGGGCGAGGAUUGCGCAUUUCAACCACACUCUGCGGGUCGACCUCGACUUGGGCCCGCACACGACCCUCGCGAAAGCAGGCCGUCACUACGAGCACAACUGCUUCAACCUCGAGGGCAUCAACCUCCCCGCCAACUCGUACGUCGGUAUCUCGGGCUUGGCGAGCGGGAAUACCGAGCCGGACGUCGUCGAUGUCUACGCGAUGGACGUCUUCGAGAUCUUGCAAGACUACGACCCGAAUCACCACGUCGAGACGGAAGAGCCGCCUGAAGACUCGACGCCUCUGCCGCUCGAGGGGACGUCGGAUGAUGCGGUCUCGACGCUCACGCACGAGAUGUUCCUCUCGCAAGCCAAAAUGGUCGAGGCGAUCGACGACCUCGCUCGUAAAGUCGAGAGUGUCUCUAACCUCGUCAGCGAGCUGGCGCGACAUGGCGGUGCGGGCGUAGGGCGUGGGCCACCUCCUACGACGGGUGCGGGUGCUGGAGCUGGGUCGGAAAUCCCCGACGCCCGCCUCUCCGCCCUCGAAUCCCACCUUCGAGACCUCGUCGCGAUGGGCCAAGCGCGGGACCACGAGUCGUUCGACCAGCGGGACGCGCUGACGCACGUCAAGCAGUUGAGCGACCGGAUCUUGGUGGAGGUUCAGGGCGUCGCGCGCAGGGUCGAUGAGGGCAAGGCCCAACACUCGGCCACGCUCUCCUCGCUCUCGACGCGCCUGUCGGACCUCUCCUCGACGCUCCUCUCCUCGCUCUCCUCCUCGACCCCCUACUCAUCCUGGAUCUACGGCGGGGUCGGAGCUGUACUCGGAGGAUUGUUGGUCGGAGCGGUAGGGAGGAGAAGGGCGACGGAUGACCCGUGGGCGCAGGCGAGGAAGUUGAUUUAG